AUGUGGAUGAUCAAUACCACGACGAUCAGAUUGAACGAAGACUGGAAACCUCUAGAGUACUUUCUCAACGGGAGAGGGUACGCCAUCCUCUCGCAUAGAUGGCAAGGAAAGGAGAUUAGUUUCCAGGACAUCAAGCGCAAUGUGCCGCUUUCCACGCCGGCUUUUAGGAAAAUCAUCAAUGCUUGUAAUGAGGCCCGAUCGCUGGGGUAUGAGUGGUUGUGGGUGGAUACGUGUUGCAUCAACAAGGAGAGUCAGACGGAGUUGGUGGAGUCGAUCAAUUCGAUGUUUCAGUGGUAUUUGAAAGCGGCCAUUUGUUUGGGGUAUCUUGUUGAUGUGGAGGUGGGUGGGAGUCCGGGCGAGGAUCGUUCGAGGGAGCCGGGUGUUUUCAAAAAGAUUGGGUCGGAGAGGUGGAUUGCUUCGGAGUGGUUUUCGAGAGGAUGGACGCUACAAGAGCUUCUGGCUCCCAGGCAUAUGGUAUUCUACGACACGAACUGGAAUGAACUGGGUUCAAAGCAUGACCUCUCUGCUCCAAUCAGCGCCGUGACUGGCAUCGAUACCAAGUACCUCAGGAACAAUCGCGAGUCGCUCAGUUCGGCAUGUAUCGCCACCAAGAUGAGCUGGAUGGCUGGCAGGAGGACGACGAGAGAGGAAGAUAUGGCGUACAGCCUGGUUGGACUGUUCAACAUCAACAUGGACGUUCGGUAUGGUCAGACCGGUACAAGCGCUUUCAUCAGACUCCAAGAAGAGCUUCUGAAAAAGGGCACGGAUGAUUCUUUAUUCGCAUGGCGAAUGCCCAAACGUGGCGCAGGAGGCGCGAUGCCAGGCUGGGCGGCGGAUGAAUGGGGUCUCCUCGCCGCCGAGCCCAGCUGGUUCAAGGAUUCUGGACGAUUGACCAUCUCACCCCCAAGAAUGAACACCAGUUCCAGAUCGGCCACAAACGGUUACGCCAUGAUGCAAAACGGUGUCAAGAUCCCCGCCGCCCCAAUCGAGCUUCGAAAGCGCUACAUCCUACCCGCCAUGCCUACCAUUGUUGGUGUCUGGAUUCUGGUCUUCUACCUCUCCCAAGUGCAGAAGAUUGUGGAUUCCACCUCGCUGAAUUGCUGGGACAUUGAGACGGGUCAGCAGGUUGCGCUACAUUUGGUGAAUUCUAAUAGUCGGGGAGAGAUGAAGAGGGCGAGGUGCAUGGAGUUUGCGUCGCCGCCGCGAUAUCGGUUGACAAAGAUUGUGCCGACGAGGAAGGAGUCCGUUUAUGGAAUGACGAGCAGUCGGAUGGUGUUACAGCCAGAGGAGCGGUAUGAUUGA